CUUUUUCGUCACGAGCCCUCCCACAAUGCAGCGGUGUGACGUAGGAACAUGGCGGCCAAGGCUGCUGCUGUGAGCAGGCCACAGGAGCUGAAAAACAUGUAGGGCCACCAAACGAUAAUCACAAGUCAACUUUAAAGUUCCAAAACUGUCAGUAUUGUACCUUCCUGUUGUCUCUUCAUGGUGUCCACGCCAUCAAGAACACAAACGGCAUCACCGGAGGGAUGGAUGCGUCUCGAGCGUCUGUCAAGUCAAACAAGCAAUCUCUGCCUAAAGCAUCAAAAUCUUUGCAAAACUCAAAUCAGGAAGCAACAAAACGAGAAGCCGCGGACUCUUCCAAGUGCUGCAAAGAAACGCUCACCGCUCCCAAGGAUGACGCCAUCGUAAUCGUAAGUCGCGGCCCAGGGAAAGGAUCAUCGGACGGAAAGCAGGAACGCUCGUCGAGGUUAAACAGACUAACCGGAAGAACAAGCUCUGGGGAGAGAGACAACAGAGAGACAAACACUCCUGUUCAACCCGACAAACUCCCGACAGAGCAAUCGGAAAGCGAAAAAUGUCAUGGUUUGAACGCUGCAGUAGUGACGCAUCAUCACGCCGGUGAAGGCUGCACAGCUGCGGGUCCCGUUCCAAUGGAAGGACCGCUAACGGAGCAGCAGCUCGGCCUCCGACAGGCGGAGGAGCGCCUUUGCCGAGACUACAUCCACAGACUCUUAAAACAGUCCCCGGAGUACCCCAACUACCAGUACAUAUGCAAGCUCUGUUCCGUGCAUAUCGAGCACAUUCAAGGAGCCCACAAGCACAUCAAAGAGAAGAGACACAAAAAGAACAUCCUGGAAAAACAGGAGGAGAAUGAACUACGUGCCCUCCCGCCUCCCUCUGCUUCACAGCUGAGGGCCAUCGACGCGGCCGUCCUGGAAACAGCCAAACAACAUGGAAUUUCAGAGGAGGACUUGGAGAUUCGGAAGAGUGUCGUCGUUAGGAUGGAGGAUAUCAUUAAGAAAGACAUCUCAGCUUGUUCGCUGCGUCUUUAUGGUUCUUGUCUUUCCCGAUUUGCCUUCAAGACGAGCGAUAUCAACAUCGAUAUCGUCUACCCUUCCACGAUGACACAACCCGAAGUGCUGAUUCAAGCGCUGGAAAUCCUCAAAAACAGCACUGUAUUUUCAGACGUGGUGUCAGACUUCCAUGCCAAAGUUCCCGCCAUCAUCUGCCGUGAUGUCAGCAGUGGCCUGACAUGCAAAGUGAGCGCAGGCAACGAUGUUGCUUAUCUCACCACGUGUCACCUGGCAGCCUUGGCUAAAAGGGAGCCCAGGUUGGUUCCCCUGGUUUUGGCUUUCCGCUACUGGGCAAGGCUGUGUCACAUUGACUGCCAGGCGGAGGGUGGCAUCCCCUCAUAUUCCUUCGCCCUCAUGGUCAUUUUCUUCUUGCAGCAGAGAAAAGAGCCAAUCCUCCCCGUCUAUUUGGGUGCUUGGAUUGCCGGCUUUGACGUGAAACGCGUGGACGAGUAUCACCUGACAGGUGUUCUAUUGGACUUGUUUGUCCGAUGGGAGUACAGACCUCCGAGCUCCACGGAUGCACACGGAGAGAAUCCGAACGAGGCGGCUGGGGAAGUCAGACCCAAAUCAGAGCCCAAUGAAACAAAUCAUUCCAACGGCUUGGCCCAGUUGACCUUUGAACCGUGCAAGGAUGCGUCGCUGGGACAGUUGUGGUUCGAACUCCUGCGCUUCUACACGCUGGAGUUUGCGCUGGAAGAAUACAUCAUCAGCAUCCGACUGACAGAGCUGCUUUCUCGGGAAAUGAAGAACUGGCCUCGUCGCAGGCUCGCGAUAGAAGAUCCCUUCGCGUUGAAGAGGAACGUCGCACGGAGCUUGAACAGUCAGAUGGUGUUCGAGUACAUCCAGGAGCGCUUCCGUACGGCUUACAAGUACUUUGCGUGCCCGCAGAGAAAAAGUACGCCGGAGCAACAGAAAAGCAAGGUUCCCACCAAGCAGGGCUCCAAGUUGUACCCAGUGGACAAGAAGGAGGCCUCAUGUUUGAAGAAGAUGAAGAAAAAUGUAAUGAAACGCGACGGAGCUAGUCGGACGGCGUUCCCGGGGUCGAAGGAUGACGACCAUGACGAUCAGUCCAUCAAGAACGAUGAUAAGACUUUGGACGGCAGCCUCAUGGACCUGGUCCUCAGCGAAGGGGACAAACCUUCCCAACAGUCAAUCCCGUCCCUGUCUGCCAACGGGGUAUUGGACACUGACGAAGAAGAAGAAAGCAAUAAUUCCGAAAGAGAUGGCACCGUAUCGUCGGAAGAUCUUCACUAUGUCUUUGAUAAAAUGAUUUUCACCGGCGGGAAGCCGCCAAACGUGGUGUGCAGCAUCUGCAAACGAGAUGGUCACCUCAAGGACGAGUGUCCGGAAGACUUUAAAAAGAUGGAGUUGAAGACGCUCCCGCCGAUGAACGACCGUUUCAGGGACAUCCUGGAUGGGCUCUGCAAACUCUGCCACUAUGAACUGGCGCCUACGCAUGCUGAGCAACAGAAGAGGGAGCAGAUCCUAGCCAGUUUGGAAAGGUUCAUAAGGAAGGAGUACAAUGAUAAAGCCCAGUUGUGUUUGUUUGGAUCCUCCAAGAACGGCUUCGGUUUCCACGACAGCGACCUUGACAUUUGCAUGACUCUUGAAGGUCAUGAGACGGCGGAGAAGCUGAACUGCAAGGAGAUCAUUGAAGGCCUUGCUAAAGUGCUAAAAAAGCAUACAGGUCUCCGCAACAUCUUGCCGAUCACGACAGCAAAAGUGCCUAUUGUCAAGUUUGAACACCGACAAAGCGGUUUGGAGGGCGACAUCAGCCUCUACAACACCUUAGCUCAACAUAACACCAGAAUGCUGGCUCUGUAUGCAGCCCUGGAUCCACGCGUGCAGUUCCUCGGAUACAUGAUGAAGGUCUUUGCCAAGCGCUGCGACAUUGGAGAUGCGUCCAGAGGAAGUCUCUCAUCCUACGCGUACAUCCUGAUGGUGCUUUACUUUCUGCAGCAGAGGCAGCCUCCGGUCAUACCAGUCCUGCAGGAGAUCUUUGAUGGUCCAAGCGUCCCCCAGCGAAUUGUAGACGGCUGGAACGCCUUCUUCUUUGAUGACAUCGAUGAUUUGCGUCGGCGUCUGGCAGAGCUGGAGCCCAACACCGAGUCCGUAGGGGAGCUGUGGCUGGGCCUCCUGCGCUUCUACACGGAGGAGUUUGACUUCAAGGAGCACGUCAUUAGCAUCCGCCAGAAGAAGCGUCUCACCACGUUUGAAAAACAGUGGACGAGCAAAUGCAUCGCUAUCGAAGAUCCCUUUGAUUUGAAUCAUAAUCUGGGUGCUGGAGUUUCACGCAAAAUGACCAACUUCAUCAUGAAGGCGUUUAUAAACGGGAGGAACCUGUUCGGGAAUCCGUUCUACCCGAUCCCUGGCACUGAAGUGGACUAUUUCUUCAACCCCAACGUUCUAACGGACGGCGAGUUGGCUCCCAACGACCGCUGCUGCAGGAUCUGCGGGAAGAUCGGACAUUACAUGAAGGAUUGUCCCAAGAGACGCAGAAUGAAAAAGAAAGACAACGACAAAGACGAGGAUGUGAAAGAAGAAGAGCGAGAGCAAAAAGAUCGCCGUUGUUUCCAAUGUGGGGACCCCGGUCACGUAAGGAGGGACUGUCCCGAGUACCGCCAUUUGAAGCACAGGACACCCGGGGCACCAGCUCCCCACGUGGUACGUCCUACCGCCGGGUCCCAGUCCAUCAGCGCCCCCCAGGGUGCACCGGAAUGCCCCGGAAGGGCCCGGCUACCCUCGGACAGCUCAAACAGUCGCCAGACUCCGCCUUUUUCUCCACAGCCCCCGGUCGCGUCCCAAAGCUCCCCCCAGCCCUCCCAGAACAAACCCAUGCCUUCAAGCCCUCAGAAGCAAGCCGCCCACCCGCAGGUCCCGCUCUCUCUCUUCACCUUCCCUUCGUCACACCCGGGCCAGUAUCGCCUCGGGACCCUGUCCGCACUGGGGCCCCUCCCCUCCCACCAGCACCCGCCCAACAUCCCGUCCGCCUCCUGGCCCAUCCACGGACCCGUCCUCGGCACACCCGCGCCCAACGCCCCCUCGCCACCCGGCUUGAAAUUCGCCACGACUCCAGGGGGUGGCCCCAACCCCGUGAACCUUAACGACCCCAGUAUCAUUUUCGCUCAGCCGGCCGCCAUGCCGCUGAGCAUGGGCGGCCCGGGACGUGAAGGACACUGGCUCAACCACCUGGCACAAACGGGCUCGCUUCUGGGCAACGGCACCGUAGUCAAGUCAGAAUUAGCCCACCCAGGCCAGUUUGUGGGUGUGAACCAAGGAUCUCACCUAUGGGAGCACAAUAAAACACCCCAGUACACGCUGUCUCCUUCCUGGUCGUACCGAAUGCCCCAGAAUUUCAUCCAGCAGGGCAACGGUCGCUACCAACCGGGCUCCAUGGCGCAUCCCAAUCCCAACCUGCCCAUGGCUCCCCACGUUCGACUCCCGCUCAAUCUCAAUUUCAUCCAGCAGAAGAAAUAAACAUGCAUCUUUUCUUUUCAGUUUUUUUUUUUUUAAAUCAGCGACACGACAAAGUCCAAUUAUGUACCCUUUGCAUCAUUUUAACCCAUGGAUUUUUUUUUU